GCACCUGCCCACCGGCCGACCGAAUUGGCGCCUAUUGCCCCUCAAACUUGACAGCUGUCGGACGCGAGAAAUUAAAAAAAAAAUAGAAUAUAAAUUCUUAAAAAAAUAAAAAACCAGCUUAGAACGUUUUAAAAUUGAAUGUGUUUGACGCGUGUUCGAUAUUUAAAAUAAAAUGAAAAUGGCUGAAAGUUGCGUUAAAAUAUUGUUUGUUCUGUGUUUGACUGUAAUCUGUCACACUGGAGAAGCAGCGGAUGAAAUUAUUACAACAUUGCCGGAAUAUCUAUUACCAUGCAGCCGAAGCGAUCCAGAAUUAGACAACUGCAUCAAAAGGUCUUUUAACCACCUACGUCCAUAUCUCGCAAGAGGCUUAACAGACCUUGAUGUACCACCGGUAGAACCGCUCCUUAUAGACAGGCUGGUGAUGGAGAAUUCUGCUGGACCAGUUCGAGUAACAGCUACCUUCAGUAACAUCACUGUGAUCGGGCCGAGUAAUUACACAGUUACCAAAAUUAGAUCUGACUUAAAGAAGUUACGCAUAGACCUGGGCCUCGUUCUGCCUCGCAUCGAAGUGACUGGCCGCUACGAAGUUACCGGCCAAGUUCUACUGUUUCCUGUUCGCUCCCAGGGUGACUUUUGGGCGUCAUUUACUGACGUUGCUGCUAUAGUGAAGAUCUUUGGUAAGGAGUUUCUUCGCCAAGACACAAAGUACAUGACGGCUGAUCGAAUGCUGGUAGACUUCAAACUCCGGGGAUCUAGAUUCAAAGUCCGGGAUACCGUCAACUACGGCAGUGUUAUUGGAGAAGCAAUGAACCAGUUCUUGAACAACAAUGCAGCUGAAAUCAUCGAUGAAAUGCGUCCAGCUGCUUCGGCGGCAAUCGGCAAGCACUUCAAGGUGUUCCUUAAUGCAGCUUUUGAGAAAAUUCCAGUCGACCUCUGGUUGACACCCUAAUGCUGUGGUGAGAUUGUUAUUAGUUAUAACUUGUUUAUAGAGAAUGUGCGUGUAUUUUUUCGCUAUAGAGAAAUGUGUAGUUCAAAAUAUUUUAAUUGACUUGUCACAGACUAAGAAGCUAACAAGAAAUGUAAGACAUGCAUUCAAUAUUUUAAUGUAUGGAAGUCCAAAAAGUUUGAACCGAAUUGGAUUGAAUAAGUUUGAACUGAAUUGUGCCAAUUAAUUUCUUUAAAUCAUUAAAUACCUAUAACAUUACAAAAUUUAAAAAAAAAAUAAUCAAAAUAGUCAGAUGUGAUAUCUUUACGGAUUGUAUUUUAUGACGAAUUCAAGGAUUUUUUAAUUUAAGAAUUAUGAAUAAAUACAAAAUAAUUAUAGUACACAAAAGAAACAUAUUUACUAAGUAAAAAUAUUAAAAGGAACUGAUUGUAAACAAACACAGUUAACAGAGCAGUAUUGACUUAAUAAAUCUGUUCUAUAUUUGAAUUGAUAUUUGACCUGCGAUGUCAAUGCCGUGUAAUAAACAAUAGUAUGUAAACAUGUACAACGAAAAUUCCCCACUGUAUUUUGGACUUAGUAAGUCGUAUUAUUUAUUUAAUUAUUAAGUCGUGAUUGUACGUUUUAGAUAGAAAAGUGACGAAUGUGAUUAUAAUAAAAGUAUUGUAUUAACCAUAUUUAA